AGCGGACACACCAGCGAACGCACCAACACACACAUCCCUCAUCCAUCACGAGUUCAGACCUUCCCCAAUCCAGCACCCUUGAUUAAAGCAGGUCUUCAACAAGUCCCCCAACGAGCGGCAUAAAGCUGAAACGGCGAGGGCUGACCUCACAGACCUGGAGCGGCCACCAUACCUCCUUACGACGGUAGCAUCACCUGACGACCCACGCUGCAGACUCUGUGGUGAGGAAGAGGAAUCUGCUGAACACAUCUGGCUACAAUACCCUGCCUGCGCCAUCGACUUGGGAGUAUCAAUGGACAAGCUUUUCCGCCUCCCACAUGGCUGUUGAGCACAUCUGAGGGCUAUCCUCAGGCGCCUGCGGUGAUUCAAUAACAAUAACAUCAACAGCAGCCAGGUGGCGGUUACUGUCCCUGUAGCCAUGGUAACUGGCCUUUCUCUCCACAUUCUUUGUCAGCUAAGAGGGAGUGAGUUUCAGGCUGUUUCUUCGUUAAGUGAUAUCCCUUCUAGUGACAAGUGCCAUCACUUAGUUAUGUGGCCUAUCAAAGUCCCGCCCACGCCAGUAGUGCUGAACAUAUCUCAAGACUAGCGUCAUCACAGCCUUCCUGAAAAGAUGACUGAAAGUCACACGGGCUCACAGAAACAGGAAGUGAGGAGGACUGAGCCAACACAAAGCCUAUAAUGUUAUUAAAGGGAGUGGGGACCUCAUGAUCGCUUCUCUGCCGCAAUGACGCUUCAAGUCCUCGUUCAAGUAGAGCUCGCCAAGGCCACCAUCUUGCUUCUGCUGUGUGACGCAGCUGCUGGCGCAGCAGAUCGUCUCCAGCAGGUGGCCUAUCAGGGGCAGGCGGUUACAUUGUCUUCAUCGGGUGACCCAUCAUGGAAGCCGGUGUCCAUCAAGUGGUCCGUAUAUUUCAACGAGACUUGGAUCGCCACCUUCCGCGGUGGUAAGACCAACACGGAGCGCUUUUACCAGUUCAGGGGACGACUGAGUCUCAACACCACUUCAGGGGACUUAACCAUUCGUAACGUAACCAGAAGGGACGCCAUGGACUACACUGUGGAGUUGAUGGACGUGGACCAGCGCAGCAUAGUGACGGAGGUGACGCUGGUAGUGAGAAAACAUCUAGAGAAACCAACCCUGCAGACGCUAUUCACCGCACUGUUGGAUGACGGCUGCUGGGUGGGACUCCAUUGUUCAUCUCAGGAUGUUGGCUCCAACCUCUCUUGGACAUUUCAUCCCCCACUUCGGAACUCCUACGUGUUUGAGUACAUCAACAAGCCCGGGCUUCUCCUCGCCUUCCUGCACGAUGCAGUGAAGUUCACGUGCACCUCAAGCCGCCACCUGGAGAACAUCUCCGACAGCGUCCACAAGAAGUGUGCGACGGCGGCGGCGGAACUUUCACCUCGUGAUCGCAGUGGACUGUUAGUUUUGGUGGGAAUCGUCGUUGGCGUUUUUGCCAUGAUCAUGUUAAACCAGUUGAGAGAAGAAAACACCAGCAAGAGG